CUUCCUCCCGAGCUAGCUCCUCCCCCUCGUCCCUGCGAAUGUCAGAUCCGCCGCAGAAGAGCCGGCGAGGCUGUCCGAGGUGGGGGGCUCUCUCCUGAGGAACGACACGAGCAGGGACCGCCUCGGACUCUUCCGGGGAAAGAGGUGGAAGCGAGGCUGCUGCGGAACAAAGGGAGGAGGAGAUGGAGGCCGUGUAGAGAGCCCACAAAAGGACCUCAGGGUUGCAUUGGGGGGGAGGGGCUUGCUCAAGGUUAUCUUGAGGAAUGGUUGGAAUGGAAGCAACGUUGAAGAGAGGCGUCUGAGAAGGGAAGGAAGGAAACCCCCCCUCUUCCUCAGGCGUGGGCGGAGGGACAGGUAGAUAGCAGUGGGCGGACCACUUCCCUCCCUCCCUUCCUUCCUUCCUUUCUUCCCUCCUUUCACCAUGGCGACGCUGCUCCGCAAGAUCGGCCUCAUCCGCCUCCACAACCGCGACACUGAGGAUCCCAAGCAUCACCACCACCACCGAGGCAGUAGCAGCCAACAGGGAUCUUCCUUGCGAGGUAAAAGCAACCAGAAGAACCACCGGCAAGGCUGCGCCAGCCCCAGCAAGGAGAGCCACUGCAGCACCAGCCGGGGCAACAGCCCCGCGCGCCACAAGCCCAAGAAGGAGCUGGCCAAGAAGAAGGAGAAGAAGGGCCCUCCGCCGCUGCAAGGCGACACCACCAAGGAGGCGGGCCCAGAGCAGCAGCAGCAGCAACAACCACCACCACCGCCAUCGGGGCCCCUUCCUCCCCCUCCUCCCCCCUCCUCCUCCUCUUCCGUGGUCCCAGCCAGCCGUCAAGCGCACUGCACGCAGGUCCGGACCCGCCGCCUGAUGAAGGAGCUGCAGGACAUCGCCCGCCUCAGCGACCGCUUCAUCUCGGUGGAGCUGGUGGACGAGAGCCUCUUCGACUGGAACGUCAAGCUGCACCAGGUGGACAAGGACUCGGUGCUGUGGCAGGACAUGAAGGAGACCGGCACCGAGUACAUCCUGCUCAACCUCACCUUCCCGGACAACUUCCCCUUCGCGCCGCCCUUCAUGCGCGUCCUCAGCCCCCGACUCGAGAACGGCUACGUCCUGGACGGCGGCGCCAUCUGCAUGGAGCUCCUCACCCCCCGAGGGUGGUCCUCCGCCUACACCGUCGAGGCCGUCAUGCGCCAGUUCGCCGCCAGCCUCGUCAAGGGACAGGGCCGCAUCUGCAGAAAAGCUGGGAAAUCAAAAAAGUCCUUCAGUCGUAAGGAAGCCGAAGCAACUUUUAAGAGCCUGGUGAAGACCCACGAAAAGUAUGGGUGGGUCACUCCCCCCGUGUCUGAUGGCUGAUACAACUUCAAACCCCCACCUCAGACGCUAAACAAAACAACGACAGAAAUUAAAGACUCUUUGACAUUUCCUCAAUGCUGUAUACCACAUCCAUCCUUUUUCUACUUCAGCUUCUGUUAGAUAUCAUGAAUGUCAUGGAGACAUCCAAAUUAUUUAUGAACAGAUCUGUUUGCAAGGGGAGGGAGGGAGGGGGAGGGAAGGGAAAUGAAAUGCUGUAUACGAUUAUAUUUUGAAACUGGUGAAUGAUCAAUUGAUCAUCUUUAAGUCACUUUAAAAGAGAUGUUGAGAUUGUAUCACUUGCCCCGCCAUCCCCUGCCCGACUUCUCCAUCUGAGCCACACAUUUUCGCCUGCUUUUCCCCAUGGCACAGCAACACCAACCAGCAGUACUGGAAAUCCCAUCCAUUGUUGCUUAGUUCAUUUAAAUGUAAACUGAAGCCGUUAAUAUUUAAAUAGAAAAACAGUGCAUUGCAGAUCCAUGUUUGCUGUACUGUUUUUAAUCUAUGUUUUCAAGCAGGUCAACCUAACUUGAAGGUGUGUUUUUUUUUCCUGUGGAGCUGUGGUCUGCUGUGGCUAAAUUUUAGACCUCAUUUGUGCUCUGUAAUAUGACCUUUGGUUCAUAACAAAAACAGAAUUCUAGCAAAGACACAAACUCUAGUGGGUUUUUCUUUUUUAAAAAAAGCAUCCAGUUGGGCAAAAUGUGCUAGCUAUGGUGGUAUUGUGUGCUGUGGUUCAGUAAUAAAUCCAACGUGAUCGUAUCAGGAUGAGCUGAAGGCGGCUUAGGUACCGGAUGAACCCAUGCCAAGGAGCUGUACGAAGUUGGUGGCCAAAUACUUUAUAUUUUCCCAGUUGGAUGAGGUACGCUAGAAUAGUAUAUUUACCUGUCCACUUCUGCAACAGCCAAAGUUAAACAAAAUGCAGAAGAAUUUGUCUUAAAUGUAUGGUACUCAGUUCAGAAUGAUUGGCCAGUUACAAAACCUAUGUCAAGGUUUUCGAGGCAUUUUUGUGACUAUUUGCAUGUCUGAAUUUUCCCAUCCCCCCACAUAAUAGACAAAGUACAUUGAGCCCGAUGUCAGAGAAAAUCAAUUAAUAUAAAUAAAUGUCCAGCAGCAGGAUCCCCAGGGAUUCACAUGCCCUCUUCUAUUGGAACAAGUUUUUAAGACUUCAUCUAAUGAUCUUAAUUAUACAAAAGAUGAGUUUGGAACAUGGAACCCCAGUGGAGAAUUGUGUUGGACACAUUUUAAAUAAAGUCAACCGAACCAUG